UAGUCAUUGCAUGCGAUCAUCAUUCUCAAAGCCGCUGUUCACUUCUAAGAUCACUUUAACACCGCCCUAAAAACAUGAUUCAAAUUCGACACAAACCUUCAAAUAGAAAAGACGUGUCACCAUGCUUCAGGACGUUAUGGACACGGGAGAGUCGAUGGUCAAAAUACUGAAAAGCAGCAAAGCUGACGAUGAAUUAAGAAAAGUGAGAGAAAAACAGCAGUCUUUCUUUGAGCGACACAUGGACACGAUGAAAACCAUCACACUGGUGUUAAACGGUGUAGUUCAGUGUGAGGAUGAGGCGAGCCAGAAGCUGCUGGACAUGGAGGGGCAGAAGAGCCAGGCAGAGUGGGAACUGGACAGCCUGGAGCAGGAGCUGCAGCAGUAUACAGCAAGGAGCCAGAACAUGGACUCUGAACUACAGUUCCUGCAGAGGGAGCUGGAGAGUCUGCGUGACUCGGAGCAGGAGCUGCAGACCCUGCAGCAGGAGGUUGAUGAUGACACUACGGAGGUCAUCCCAUCAGCCUUAUACGUGGCCCAGUUGUACCACAAGGUGACCAAGAUCAAGUGGGAGUAUGACACGGAGCCACACAUUCUGAGAGGAGUGCACUAUGGAGCUGACCUGGCCACACCAAUCAACAUAGACACCUCUGUGCGGUCUCGGUGUUCAGUCAGUGAUGAGCUGUGGAACUUUGUCAACACUGAAUGGUAGAAGAGAUCAAAGGAAAGUUGCCAUAUUUGUCCAGUAGUUGUUUGUCCUGUAGUUGGAUUGUCUGUGUGUUGUAAUACAUUUGUUUUAUACUAAGAUUGUAUUCCUAUUGUUGGUAUUGACUUCCAUGACAUUUUUUAAUAUUGAAUAAAGUAGUGUUCCUAAGCAUCACAUUUCCUAGAACACUUAUUUGAGUAGUAACCUAUAACCCUAGCUUUUAUUUGUAUCUACUUUCACCAUAGUCAUUAUGAUUUUUAUAAAGACUAUUUUCUCCCAAUAGGUCAUUGCAAGCCCACUGCUUUUUGAUACAGUACUGAAAUUACUGUAUUGAAAAGUUGGGUGCUGCUCACCUUUUUAAUGCAAUAAAUGUCCAAUGUGAAGGUGUGCUUAUGCAACAGACAGUAUUCUGUACUGCGUUACAGCAACAACAACAAAAAUUAAAUAACUUUUAUUUACAAA